AUGAAAGAACUAAGCCAUCUACCAAGAAGGGCACUCAUUGUGAUUCCACAUUACUCAUCAACCCGGGUCAAGUCACAUCGUUCAGCUGUAGCACCCUUUCGGUGCCUAGCUGCCAUGCCACAUAAAGGUUGCACGAGGGCUGGGAUACUGCCAAGUUUCCCAAGCCUAGACAGGGGAAGUCGAGAGGCAGAGGCCGGGUUCGAACCACGGACCUUGUGGUCAAUGCGAUGUAGCGACGCAUUAACCGAGCACCCUGUCUCCUACUCGACAACAAAUAAUAAUCGUUCAGCUGUAACACACUUCCGGUGCCUAACUUCCAUGCCUUUCGAAGGAAGCACGAGGGCUGAGAUACUGCCAGGUUGCCCAAGCCUAGACAGGGGAAGUCGAGAGGCAGAGGUCGGGUUCGAAUCACUGACCUUUUGGUCAAAAUCGGCGCUGCUCCCAACGAAAAGUUGGUCAUGCUACUGUUCAGCUGUAACACCCUUUAUGUGCCCAGCUGCCAUGCCCCCUGAGGGAAGCACGAGGGCUGGGAUACUGCCAGGUUGCCCAAGCCUAGACAGGGAAAGUCGAGAGGCAGAGUUCGGGUCCGAACCACGGACCUCCCGGUCAGUGGUCCGUGGUUUGAACCCGACAUCUGCCUCUCCACUUCCCCUGUCUAUGCUUGGGCAACCUGGCAGUAUCCCAGCCCUCGUGCUUCCUUCGGUUAGCAUGACAACUAGGCACCGGAAGAGUGUUACGGCUGAACGAUUUUUAGACUGCACGUUCGCUGAUAACUUUGCUCUCAUUUGUGGCGAUUUCCAACGCGUCGGGCUGGCCCGUCCAAUACGCAGAAAUGUGGCCGAGACCAUGAACACGUUGACAUGUGAAGCCGUUCUGAGUCCAGACUUUGGGGCCCAACAGCGCUUGUUACUGAAGCACCUUCCCGUUUAA